UGCUUCGAAGGAAUCGUACAUUUGUUAUAUUUGUUUAUUAUUGUGUCUAUUGAGUGGACGCCACGUAAAUAUGUCCCUGCAACGUACACCACCGAAGUUCUCCUCAAAUCCUGACAUAAGUGCAUCAUCAGCCUCAGUGACUGACAAAAGUAAUAUAAAUUUGCGGAAACGUAAACAACCACAUGACGAAACAAGUAAUAUAUUUUGUGAAUUGGAGAAAAAGUUUAGUGACCAAUUAAAUAUCUGGAAUAAGAGAAUUGAUGAAGGUAUUAUGGAAACAAUAUCUGCUGCAGUUAAGUCAUGUAUGUCGCUUGAACUAGCGAAAAUAUCCACUACAUUAUCAGAAAUUAAUACAUCGAUACUUGGACUCCAAGCAGAUAAUGUCAGUGUCAAGGAAUCAGUAAGUAAUUUCAUUACUCGUCUCUCCGACAUGGAAACCUCACUCAAUGCAGUGCAUCAACGUCAAGAUUUACUUGAGCAGCGCCUAAGUGCCAUCGAAAUUAAUAAUAAAUCCCUGAACCAAUCUCCAGAUCAAAUAAAAGCAUUAGAAACCAAAAUUAAUUAUAUGGAACAACAGGCGAGAGAAUGCAACAUUGAAAUAUCGAACAUACCAGAACGACGAAAUGAGAAUCUUAUGGUCAUCGCGACUAACUUGGGAUCUUACGUGACAACGUACUUGCUGCAUGCCGUCUCAAGAAGGGAAUCAAUUCUGAACAAUUAUCAAUAUCAGGGUGAUAUUACUGAUAAUGAAAUUAUUGAUAACCGAUAUCAUGUAUAUCGAUGCGACCGGGACCGAGUGGCAACGGACCGGAGAGACGGUGGCGGGGUGCUGGUGGCCGUACUGCGUGAGCUCGCCGCUGUCCCCUGCAUGCCGCUCCCCGCCACCUCGUACUCGUACCGGUCCCCCCCGCCUAUUGUCGAUUAUGUGUUAUUAGAGAUGCGCCUUU